AUGGCAUACACUGAAUUUCAUACUAAUCGCUUCGACACCCGGAAUCCAAAGUCUCACGUACUGCUCGAUGAAGAUGGCUCCUUUUUGUACGAGACUGAUUACGGAUCCCUUUUACUCAAAAUCAUUCGCCGCAACGACAUCCUCAAGCUCCAACAGUAUAUUUCCACAUACUCUCCUAAAGCAGUUUUAGCCCCUAGUGAGGUCUAUUACUGGGAUCCAUUCUGGACUGCCGCAACCCAUGGCAGCCCCGAUGUCCUCCGCAUCCUUUUGGCCCAAUACUAUUCAGCCCCCACGCAACCUAAACCCCUUGACCAGCGAGGCUUUACGCUGUUGAACGCGGCAUGUGCUUACGCCAAUAUUGACACGGUAAAGUUUAUCCUGGAUCACUGCCCACCUAUUGGGUCCUUGGAUGCGCGAGAUCGGUGCGGGGAGACGCCACUGCUGUCUGCUGCGGCGUCGUUGGCUUAUAUCAACUUCGAUGAAGCAGACGGGACCCCUACUCGCGAGAGUUGGAUUCGUGAUCAGAUUACCCGGGGCCAGGAACUUGUGAACUUCCUGCUUGACAGGGGCGCGUCCGCUUGUGACGCCGUUCUCGCCUCCCAGAGUGAUGGUGAGGAACGGGUGCAACAGCCGACGGACACUGUGCUUGGCUUAGCUGUCUCGCGCGCUGGCAGUGCAUUGGUGAAUCGACUCAUCGACGAAGGCGCAGAUGUAUAUACUAAGCAGCAGUAUAUCCACGGAGCUAGGAGUGCACUGGCUCGGAACAGGCAUCAGACUAUCACGCGGGAUGUUACUGUGCUCCACCUGGCUAGUGCUUUCUGGAAUGCAGCAGCAAUUCAAGCAUUGCUGGAUACUCAUGCCCACAGUCGCAGUGACAAUGUUGAGGCCACGCAAGAUGUUUUUGACCUAGUCUCCUCCCGCGAUAGCGUCGGUCGUCUCCCACUUCACUGGGCAGCUGGAGGGUCCGUACCUCACGAAUGUACACUCCCCGACGAGGAGCUUAGUUCUCGAAUCCUCGAGACCUUCACAAUCCUAUUAGACAGAGAUGCCGGCUCCAUCAACGCCCAGGAUAAAGAGGGACUGACACCUCUUUAUUACGCUGUCAAGGCGCAUGCAGCCUGUUCCGGGACUAAGCAUGCCGAUCUGGCCAUCAGGCUCCUGCUCGAUCACGGAGCUGACGCGAGUAUCUGCGACGAAGCUGGUAAAUCGGUGCUACAUCUCCUUGCUUACGGCUCCGUGGCAGGCAGGCCGCUCGACACUUCCCUGCUCGAGUCACUUGUAACGCACGGCGCCGACGUCAACCAUGCCGACACGGACGGGAACAGACCACUCCACAUCAUGGCUCGCAAUCUGCGGCAGGCUUCGGCGGCAAAGUUUCUUCUUAGCCAGGGCGCCGAUAUUCACGCGACGAAUUCAAAGGGUGACACGGCCUUUCACCAGGUAGCGCGUGGGCUCCUUGUUCCCCGGAACACUGUCGACUGGAAGAUCGAAGAUGUCACGGUCGCCGACAAGAUACGGGCGCAGGAUGAGAUGAUGAGUGUUUUGCAGGAGGCCGUUUCAGGAGAUGGGCUGAUGGCCAAGCAGAAUGCAGAAGGGAGGACGCCUGAACUGCUACUGUUAGAGACAAGGAACCAGUGGAAGGGGCGUGGAUUGAAUUCACAGCGAGGAAGGGGAGGUGUUCAGAGGGGGAGAGGAGGAAGGAAUGGUGGAUGA